AUGGCUAGUGGGAGUCCGCAAAACGUCAUCCGCAGGAAGCUCGUCAUCAUCGGCGACGGCGCCUGCGGCAAGACAAGUCUGCUCAGCGUCUUUACACUCGGCUACUUCCCUACACAUUAUAUUCCUACCGUCUUCGAAAACUACGUAACCGACUGUCGAGUGGACGGCAAGUCUGUACAGCUUGCUCUGUGGGAUACGGCCGGUCAAGAAGACUACGAGCGCCUACGGCCCCUUGCCUACUCCAAGGCGCACGUCAUCCUGAUAGGAUUCUCCGUUGAUACACCAGAUUCGUUGGACAAUGUGAAGCACAAGUGGAUCGAGGAAGCUACUCGCCUUUGCGAGGGUGUGCCCAUCAUCCUGGUCGGGCUGAAGAAGGACUUGCGCGACGACCCCGUUGCCAUUGAAGAGAUGCGCAAGAAGUCUCUGCGAUUCGUCACAACCCACGAUGGCGAAGCUGUCGCUCGCGAAAUUGGAGCUAAGCGAUAUCUCGAGUGCUCCAGUCUGAGCGGAGAGGGCGUCGACGAUGUGUUUGAGGCCGCCACCAGAGCUGCUCUCCUUACAUUCGAAAAGGGGGAAAGCACUGGCUGCUGCGUCGUUCUUUAA